AUGUGUGAUCGGUUAUUUGAGCUCUUGAUUCUGUGGGAUUGUGGAGAAAGUUUGUUCUUUUGUGGUGCUCGUUUCAGGUCGAGGGAGAUGGAGUCGAACAAUGGAGCCUAUAUGCAGCCACAAGAUUUGAGGACAAAUCUUUUUGAAGAGGGAGGGAAUGAUGCAACCCUGGCUACCUCACAAGAUGUCCCUCGAGUUCGAAGAUCAUACAACGAUCGUGGUCCGAAGAUGAAGGCUUUAGAAGCUCGAGAAGGCAAAGAGAAGAGUCCAAGUGACCAAGAGGUGCUCGACGCAGGAGUUGGACUUGUCCAAUAG